GCAGAUUUUGUUAAAUACACACGCAAGUUUAACCCUAGCUCUUUCUCUCUCUUGAAACACGCUCACGCCGCAACAGCUCUCUUCUCACCGCCGCUUCUUCGUCGUUUUCUCUCCGCCGACGACCGCUGACCUGCCCUCCGCCGACGACCGGUGACAAGCUCAAACUUCGGCGACCCUUUCCUGUCGACGGCGAGCACGAUUGUCGCCGUUCCCUGUUUCGAUUUCAGCGAACAUAUCCGACGGCACUCCUGCACUUUCCGGCGACGCGAAGCCCGACUCCAUCUCCGGCGACCUCGAGCUCUGUUCACCACGAUCUCCGACCGGCGAUGACCUGCCGACCUCAACCUCCAGCGAUUUCGUGACCCUCGCUCACCUUCGAGCUCUGCAUCUCCACUCACCGACCACCACAGCGCGGCCACGCUGCCGGCAACUGCCACCGACGGCGACGCGACAGAAAGCCCUCGCCCCCAACUCCGACUUUGCCGUGUCCGCGACCACCGACGCCCUCAAGCUCUCUUCUCCCAAUCGCAGCAGCGAGCUCCUAGCUCCGUUCACGCGACCAUUUCCGACGAGUUCUGGCCUCGUCCGUCGCUGCUCCUUCUCGAGCCGCCUCUACGCCGCUGCUCCUCCGUGCACUUCCGCCGGCGAGCCCAAGCGAAAGCGGUCGAGCUGUUCACACCGCGAGCAGCCACCCUUGAGCCGCUGAUCCUCCUCGAGCCACCCAGCUUCCCGUCAACCCUUCGUUUCGUUUUUGUUCGAUUCCCGAGAACGGUUAAGCGAGGCAGGCACGACGGCGGAGUAGAAUCUUACGAGUUGUCAGAAAAAAGGGAGCCAUCACAGGGUGAAAUAAUGGGAGCUAUUGAAUUGGAACUUCGUUGUCCGAAAAUUGUUAACGGGAUAGCUGCUGAUCCCCAACCAGAUUGGAGUAUCGACAACUUACUCUCAGAGCUUGAUUCUAUAUACCAGAAGCAAGAUGUGGCUCCAGAUUUUGCUGGACCUCUUAACAGAACACGACCUACAGCUUCUAGAGACAAUUCUCAUCAUGCCCGAGGCUUUCUUAUGCACGUGUCCGAUGAAAGUGGGUCAAGCGACACUGAUGAAGAUUGUGAACAGGUGCCUCGUAGUUCUUCCAUGGUUUCUGGGAGAAGAUUUGUUUGUGAUGAGCUCUACAUGAGUGACGAUUCUGAUAGUGGGUGUCCUCUGAUGGAUACAGUGGGCUUAGUUGAUGGUGCUCUCCAUGAGCUAAUCGAUGAAUUUCAGCUAAUUACAACAGAGGAAGUGAGAUCCAAAAUAUCGUCUUUGGAGACUCAGCUGCUCUGUGAAAAUGAAGAUUUUGCCUCAUCGACAACUAAAAUAGACAAACAGAGAGAAUUACAGCAGGAAAGGGAGAGGAAAUUCGAUUUGCAAUAUCAACGCACAAUUGCAGAAGCACUUGAUAAUCACCUUACCGCUGUGCAGAGGGAUCAUGAGCACAUAUCUCAACUAGAAGAAAAAAGAAUAAGAGAUGAUGCUGCUCGUGUGGAGGCUAAAAGAAAAGAAAAGGCUAUUCAGGAAGAAAAAAUGCGACAAGAAAGGAUUAAAGCAGAAGAAGAGGAAAGACUAAAAGUUGAAAGGGCCGAGAGAGCUAAAGCAGCAGCAAUAGAAGCUGAGAAGAAAGCUGCAGAAGAAGCUGCAUCCAAACGUGCUGCUGAAACCUUAAGACGUAAUGCUGAAAAUGUAGUGCAAGAUUCUAAGGGAACUCUUGGGCUAUCCAAUUCUGCAUUUGAUGUUAAGAAAGGAGUGCAAUCAUCAGGAAGAAAUGUUAUAAGAGCUUCAGAAAAUGCUCUUAAGUUGGAAAAACAAAGAAGUCAGAUUUAUGGAGAGUUGUUGGCAGAAAACAAGGCUUUUAAGGAGAGUGCAACCCAGGAUUAUCAGAGACAUGGACAGAUUAUUGGAAGACAGAUUAAAACAGUAUCAGCUACAGUAGAAAAUGUGAGAACAAGAGCAGAAGAAUUAUUGAAGCUAAUUAAUAGUCCGCGCUUGCCUCAACCCAUCAGUAUUCAGUUAUUUGCUGAAAAGAUUGUUUCCAACUGUGCAAAUCAGAGGAGCUCCAAUGUCAUAUUUGCUAUUAGCCGCGUAAUUGUUAUUGUGACGACUAAGAUUCAUCUGGCCAUGGACAUUCUCAUUGCCGAAUUGAAUAGAGUUUGUAUCUAUACAGUCCCGAAGCACAUAAAUUACUCACAGGAAUCAUUCAAAACCAAAGAUGCUUACUUCGAAACUAUUGGUUACAAGGAAGAAAAUGGAGAGAUGGAAAGCAUUGAUAAAUUCGUGGAGAGAUUGGAGUGUUACAUGAGGCUCUAUGGAGCUCUAGUGCAGACUGAAGUUGGAGGCUUUGAGAACCUGCAUGGACUCAAAGAAGGUUGGGCGUGGCUUGCAAGAGUUUUGAAUUCUCUUCCUGCAAAUCUUUACACUGCUGUGGCACUGCAUUCGUUUCUGGAAAUGGCUGGAUUCGCCCUGUAUAGGAGGUACAGAAAUCAGUUUGAGAAGUUAAUGUGCAUUGUUGCUCGUGACUUUCUCAAUGCACUGAAAGAAGGUGGAUCCGAGUCAUGGAGCGCCAAAGUGAGCAAGGUCAGAAUGUCUAUUCGAAACUACAUAGAGUCGAAGCAGUUCAAGAAAGAACCUGAAGGUUUACAACUGAGAGGCCAUUUGGAGUCGAACGAUUUUUAUUGAUGGUCAGUUAUUAAAGCACAAUUCAACUUGGGAACUCACCUUUGUUGCCAAGGGAUGUUAGAGUUUGUUGGUAUUUGGUAAGAUCAACUUGUUGUAACAUGCUCAUACCAUCAUUCAUUUGUAUAAUUAUUUUAGACUAUUUUUUUUUUUUAGUUGCUGGUGUUAUUUUUGAAUGGCUCACCAUGUUAAAACCUAGCAAUCUCGCAUUCAUAGUUUUGGGGAAGAACAAAUAUUUGUUCCACCAUUUUCUUAGCUCGGCCAAACCAGUCAUUUUCAUACAUAAGAAUAUACUAUGAUAUUUGAGCUUAGAUUUAUUCAUAUGAAUUUAUUACAAUAUUUUCAUAC